AUGGAUCCCUUGUCAAUCAUAAGCCUCACAGGCAACAUCGCCCAGUUUAUCUCCCUCGGCUACGGGAUAGUGUCGACAUCCCGGGAGAUAUACCACUCGGGAACCGGCACAAGCGAGAAGAUCCAAACCUGCACGCUGCUGGUGGAGGACAUGAGGCGGUCGAUAAGGACCAUAUCCAAGCACCCCGUGCUGGCGGAGCCGCCGGGCGAGGACACCAAGAUCCUGCACGCGAUCGUCGACGAGUGCGACAGGCUGGCCGCGAAGCUCCUGGCGGAGCUCGACACCCUGCGCGUGAACCGCAAGGCCGUCUCGCGGCACAUCGAGGCCCUGCGGGUGUCCGGGACGAUGUGGUGGAAGAAGAAGGACAUUGACGAUGUCCUGUCGAGGCUCGCCAUGCUGGAGGCGCGCCUGAGGGCCUGGUGGGACGUUGCCUUGCCGCUGCCGAAAGAGGAAGACCUCUCAAAUCAGCUCCAAGAAAUUAGAGCUGGAUUGUCUGUAGACCAAAUCAUGGAGAAGCGGCGUGGGAAUGAUGCGAGGGAAGCAGCCAGGCGUCCUUCCUUGAUUCAGUCGGACCUCAACCUGCUUAGGGACACGGCAGAGAAACUCAACACGCCUGAGCGUCUGCUAAGUGUGGAACGCAGAGUACAGAGUUCCCACAGCGCCUUGAGGGAGGAUGAAAAGCUGGUAGAGCCACAGGCUCUCGACGCAGAGGCUCAAAAGAAGGUCAUGGAGGAGGCGGCGGCAAGCCUGGAAGCCUAUGCCAGGCAGGCAGAACGCGUGAGGAGGCAGCAUCGUGUCCUGAAGACACUGGUAUUCCAAAGCCUCUGGACGCGGCACGAAAGAAUAGAGGAUGCGUACGUGGAGACUCUGCAAUGGGUUUGGGACAGCCCGAUCACGAAGUUUGGCAACUGGCUUGAGAAGGGCGAGGGUGUCUAUUGGAUCGAGGGCCUGGCUGGGAGUGGCAAGUCGACCAUGAUGAAGUACAUAUCAUCACACCCAUCAACAACUAUCUACCUGAGGAGGUGGGCCAGUGCCAUGAAGUUCAAGAUGGGUUGGGACCCCAAGGAGGAGCCCGAGCUGCUCGUCGCGAGCCAUUACUUCUGGUAUGCCGGGACCGAGAUGCAGAAGUCCCACAGGGGUCUCCUGCAGACGCUCCUCUUCCACGUCCUACGGACGUCCCUCGAGGUGCAGAGCGCCAUCUGCCCGGACCGCCUGUCCAGCCAGCCCUGGAGCCUGCGCGAGCUCAAGGACAUCAUCCACGAGCUCAAGAGGGCGGACCUGCGCUGCUGCGUGUGCUUCUUCAUCGACGGGCUGGACGAGUACCUGGGCGACGAGGAGGAGAUCAUCGAGGUGGUCAAGGACCUCGCCGCCUGCCCCUGGAUCAAGGUGUGCGCGUCGAGCCGCCCGUGGCCGGCCUUCUUUGCCGAGUGGAACUCGAGCCCGCUCACGUUCAAGAUGCAGGAGUACACCAAGAGGGACAUGGCCAGGUUCGUCCACGGGUCCGCAAGGUGUAGGUCCACGGCCGACGGGACGGGGGCUGAAGUCGUGGGUGGUUUCUAUCUUUGGCAUGUCAGAAGCAUAGGACGUUUGCAGCUAGACCCCAUCGCACAGGGGGACUAA